UUCAAAUGUUUUAGCAUUAUUAAUAAUGACGGCGUACAUUAUUUAAUAUAAUGACGCACAGACUCUGAAAUAAUGUGGUUGUAAAGGCCAAGUAGCAGUGGAAACUGCAGUAAUACACCGUUUCACAGCGACGAAGAAAAAAGUGGAAGUUUGCUUCGGAGCGACAGAAGAGAAGACGUUUAGAGGACAAACUGCUCGACUUUUAAUUGUUAGCCUUAUCGUUAAUGACAGAGUCCAUUAAUUAAUGUAAUGACGCACAGACUGGGUGACAGAACGUGGUUGUAACGUCCAAGUAGCAAUGGAAGGAAGUAGGAAAAUGUCUGCUGUGACAGGAAGCGCCAGGAAAAUUAAAGACAAUGCAGCUGAUUGGCACAACCUAAUAAUGAGAUGGGAGCAGCUGAAUGAUGAAGGCUCCGGUGUCGCCAACAAGAUUGUCAACCUCAGACUGAAAGAUUCCCAGGAGCAGGAGGUUGUGGUGGGAGAACAUAACUCCUGUCUCAGUAGAGGAAGAUCUCCUGCUCAGUGCAGACAACUGCAGGAAGAAUGCACCAAGCUGCAGUAUGUUGUGGACAAAAUGACAGGUAUCGUGGCUAAGAUGGAGCAGCUGCUGACAUCGCAGAGGGGUAUCAUUGAUCUGGAGUUGUUUCAGUUUGGAGCUGAAGGCAGACAAGUUCCUCUAUUUCACAGCUGGCCCACAGCACACUUUGUGGAGGUCUCCCGUUUUCUGUUUGAUGCCUACAGCCAGGAACUGAGUGUAAAGAAGACCAUCCUCCAUGAGCUGGCCCACACUGAGACCUCUGAUCUCUCCAUGACCUUCCUCUCAUGUUGGCUGUACCAGCCAUACAUCCCCCCACAGCUUAGACUAACACUGGAGGCUCUGCUACUGGAAACGGGACAUAGGCCUCUGUGAAGAUUACUAGAUUGAAUUAUGCUACUUGGUAUUUCAAAUGAAGACAGUUUCUCUGGAGAUGGGUCCACCUCACCAGGCAGAGCAGACGGGGUCGGUGUUAGCUUAACUGCAUCUGUUACGUGGUAACGAUGAGGGAGUGUUGGUCAUUUAAAAACUUUAGAGAAACGAGCUGUUUCCAUCAUUCUGGGUUUUUUGUGAUUAAGUUGUGAAUAAAAUCUGAAUGAACAUAUCAAGUUUAUAUGAAAGAUCCCAAAUAUUGCAAAAAGUUUACACUUGCUUAAGGUGGAAAUGAUUGGUUUCGUUGAAGAGAUGGUGUAAUGAAGGGUAAUGAAACAGAAUUUAGGGAUAAAAGAUGACAUAGAUAAAAGUCAAUAUCCAUUGUUUCAGUCUUUAGAAUAAUGCAUUUCCCCAUUAUCAUUUUUGGGCAGCAUGGAAUACAAUCGGGUACAGCUUACUUAACAAUGACAACUCCUCCGUUGGCAAGCAGGUUUUGAAACUCCUUUUUCCUUGGUAUUAGUGACUGUUAUAGUAGCUGUUGCUGCACAGCUAUUGUCAACUGUAUUUUGAUGAAGUACCUUUGCCUUGCCCAACACAUAAGCAGACCGUGUAACACCAUGAGAACAGUCUCAUACUUUCUUUUGUUAGUUUUCAAAUAUCCGAUGAAUGUUUGCGUAUCAUUUGGAUGGAAACAUAAAAAGGGAUCUCUUGAAGCAAAAUAUGACUGAGUUGCAGACGCUAGCAGCUACAGAUUAGUAGGAAGAAAUGGGACAUUUUUGAGUUUUGAGUGGCUUUGUAGAAGCUAAACAGCUUUCCCGUUUUCCUGUUCUCACACAAUAAAGGACAAAAUG